GUGCUGGUCCUCAUCAUGGAUUUUUCUCUCUACCUCCUGAUUUUGCUCGCUCUCCUCUCUCAGUGCACAGCUCAGUGGUGUUACCAGAGCCAGUACUCCUGUGAUGACACAUGCAGAGACCCUAGCCACUGGGCAGCUCAGUUUCCCAGCUGUGGAGGAUUACGCCAAUCACCAAUUAACAUCGUCACCAGCAAAGUGCAUGUCAACAGCGCCCUGCCACCCUUCGACUUCAUUGGUCACACCAACAGAAUCAAUAUUACAGUGGAAAACAAAGGACACUCUGCUCACUUUGCUCUGCCGCAGUCAGUCCGACUGACUGGAGGAGCUCUGCCUGGUCUCUACAGAGCCGCCCAGUUUCACUUCCACUGGGGAGGGAACGGCAGACCAGGAUCAGAGCACACCAUCGAUGGAGAGAGAUUCCCCAUGGAGCUGCACAUAGUCCACAUCAAGGAACCAUACGGCUCUCUGGCAGAGGCAGAACACGAUAUGGCGGGUAUAGCUCUGCUCGCCUUCCUGUUUGAGGAAACAACAGACGAUCAUCCUCAUUUGGACACAGUAAUAGCUGCUUUGGGCCAAGUACAGAACAAUGGCAGCACUACAGUGAUCCCAAACUUUCGACUCAGUGACAUUAUCCCAGCUGCCAAGGACCUCCACAGUUACUAUCGCUAUGUGGGCUCCAUGACAACACCAGGAUGUGAACAGGCAGUUGCCUGGACACUGUUUCACCAGACUUUGUCCAUCAGCAGUCGACAGCUGGAUGAAAUCGCUAAGAAGUGUCGAUUUUGGACGGGACAGCCAAUGAUCGACAUCUUCAGACCUACGCAGCCUCUGGAUGGCAGAGUCGUGUACCGGUCCGAGGCUGGCGCAGCUCUGACGAGUGCGAUCCACUUGUGGUUUGGUGUUUUCUCAGUUGUGCUCGGAACAACGGGUCUGAUACACUGACUCAGCACAUGAAAACAUCUGAUUUAAAUGACAAAAGCUACUGUAUAUAUAAAGGCAACUUUUACCUGUGUUAUAGUAAGUAACAGAUAAUCAUGUUUAUGGUUAUUCAUUAAACAAAAUGUCAACUGCGUUUGCACAUAAACUAUGACCUGCUACAUUAACCAUAACUGCUGUGACAGUCAGAGAAGUUAUUGUACUUUUUUUUGCUGUAUUUUUCCACAACUUUGUUCGGUGUAGUUUGUCCCAUUUAAGACUCCAGAGAGCUUUCACGUGAGCAGCAUUUCUGUGUACAUUCUGUGUACUACUGUACAUUUAUUUAAGAAUUGUAAUUUUGCCUGACAAAUGACCAGAGAUGAAGUUGGUAUUUUUGCUACUUGUGUGUGCAGGUGUGGAUCGCCUCUUCAAAUGAUCAAAUAGCUGAUAGUGAAUCUGUAAUCUCAGUUUUGAAUUAGUUAAUUGUCUAUCAAGCUCACCUCUGGAUAGUGCUCAGUCUCCAGCAGCACGUAGAGAUCUUUACCUCAGCAGGCUCAGUCUUUUAUUCUAACUUUCCUUAUUUUUGUUGCCAUUAGGGGUCAAUAUUUUAUAUUCUCAAAGUAUAGCUUCAAGUGAAAUCUAGUUAAAUGUAUUUUCCAAUAAGAUAAUAGUGUAAUGAAAGAAAAACGUAGAAUUAGGAGUUUAUAGUCACUUUUGUCUUUGUUACAAUCACAAAUUGAGAGACAUUCCUUAUACAUCAACUGCUAUUUUGUUUCUUGAUCUUUGUCAUUUAUAUUGUGUUAUAAAGGAUUAUCAAUGAUAUUUUAAUAAUUAAUUUCACAUUAGGGAUGCUCCAUUUGGGCCAAUAAUGAUUACUGAUUUCAUUACAAUAGAACCUAAAACUGA